CCGCAUGCGUGACUGAGCUUGGCGCAUGUGUCCAGAGAGCUCUUGCAAGACAUAGCAACGGCCUGUCAACAACAUCGCUCACCAGCAGCACCCAAUCACUCCUCGGAUCGCGCUCGCGUCUAUCACUACACAGCAGACUAUCCAUCGCGAAGCUUCGUCUGCUGAAGCUCACUCGACUGCCGGCCCUGGAUCGCUUCCAGCAGCCCGUCCGUCUACCACCCACCAUCGUCCUGCGACGCUCGUUUCGCCGACACCAUUGAAAUGCCCCUUCGCCGCUCCGCCAUCUCGAACGACACAGGACAGAAGCACCAUCAUGGCAGAAGCGGCGGACCUCACCAUCUCGCAGAUGACGUUAGUUGACUGGCUCGAUGACCUGACUGUGCGCUUUCUGCUCAAUCUGCCACCUGCCGAACUCAGCAGCGUUCCGCGCCUCUGCUUCCAGGUCGAAGAGGCACAAUGGUUCUACGAAGAUUUCAUCAGACCGGCGAACCCGGCCUUGCCUUCGCUCAAUCUGCGUCAGUUCUGUUUGACGCUUUUCCAACAUACUCCGCUGCUCCGCAACUUCAAUACUGCUCAACACGUGGCCGCAUAUGAGGAGUUCCUCGCCUACAAAGUUCGCGUCCCUGUACGCGGCGCCAUCUUGAUGGAUGACAGCAUGGACAAGGUCCUGCUGGUGCGUGGCUGGAAAAAGGGUGCUAGCUGGUCCUUCCCGCGCGGCAAGAUCAACAAGGACGAGCCCGACCUAGACUGCGCCAUUCGCGAAGUGUACGAAGAGACAGGUUUUGACCUUAACGCGGCAGGACUGGUCGAGCGCAACAAGAUAGGAGACGGAAAGGUGAAGGCUAUCGAUGUCACUAUGCGUGAGCAGCAUAUGAAGCUGUUCGUGUUCCGUGGAGUCGCGCUCGACACCUUUUUUGAGCCCAGGACCAGGAAGGAAAUCAGUAAAAUCCAAUGGUACAACGUGAAGGAUUUGCCCGGCUUCAAGAAGCAAAAGGGCGUAGCCGCUCAUGGACAAGGCGAGGGCCAGUCGACCAAGUUUUAUAUGGUUGCACCGUUCCUUGGCCAUCUGAAGAAGUGGAUCGGUCAGCAGAGACGCAAAGACUCAGCCGCAGUAGCCCAAGCACAGCAUGGAAGGACUAUUUCCUUGUCGAACGAAGGCGUUCAAGCGACAAUCACCGAAGACGAAGGCGAGGACACCGAAGGAGGCUUUCUUACCGACGCUGGCAUGGCGUCUGCUGCGAGGAGCGCAGAUGAGCUCAAGAGGUUACUUUCGAUCGGAGGCGCCGCUCCUGGCACCAGCGCAUCCACUCAAGGCGCGUCGGUCCAGAACGGAGCGCAAAGUAACAGCUUACUUGCUAUGCUCAAAGGGAACAUUGUCGCUCCAACUGGAUCCUCAUUGCCACAUACACCCUUCGAGCAAGUCGACCCUCUCAUACCAGAGCAGGCGCCACGAACGCCGCAAACCCAGCAUCCUCGACAUGCCUCAGAGGCAGACGCACUUCGCCAUCCGCCACCUCCAUUCGAGUACUCGCCUCAGACCCUUCAGCAAGGUCUUCAACAACAAUCUCAACGAAAUCCUUCCAUGUUCAAUGCCGGCACAGCCAUGCAGUCGCAGCACCAACAGUCUGGACUUGGCCAUCUGCCACCGCACAUUCAACAGCAAAUAUUUCAGCAGCAGCAGCGACAGCAAAGCCUGCCGACUAACGUUGCGCCCGGCUACAUGCAAGCUCCGCAUUUCGAUCCGCGCCCGAACAGCAUCGAUCCUCAACUUGCUCAGUAUUCUCCGUCAGUGCAACAUACUCAUGCGCGGAACAAUUCACAGCAGCCACUUCCCAACCUGCAUUCGCCUUCCAGGCAACCGGUAAACUUGAUGCAGCCGGUAUCUUUCAACAAUGUGUCGCAACAGCGCCCGCUUUCGGGCCAUGGACCUCCAGCUAGCCACGCGCCUCUAGUCAGCGAAAAGGCUGCUCCAGACGCGAGCAAGCUGCCGCCUCCAAGGCUGAAUGCGCACACGAUGAAGCUCUUAGAUGCCUUCAAAACCAAUCCAAAGGCGUCUCAGGCAGGCUCUUCGGGUAAUGGCUUUGCCAGAAGGGCGGGGAGUCAACAACAAGCAGCGCUUCUCAAUCUCUUCACAAAGUCAUCUGCAUCGACUGUUCCGCCAACGGCUGCGGACAACGCAGUUUCGUCGGCGCCGAUAUCUCCAGCAUUGACAGAUGCUACUGAAGUGCCGCGUGCUGAUUAUCGGGAUCGAACAACAGCUCUGAACGAGAGCACAAGGGCUCUGUCAUCGAAGGUGACAGGCAAAUCGCCGCUUAUGCCCGUCGAACCACCGCAGCCAGAACGCAAUAUUCCGCGCGCACGGGAGGAGAAAGCAUCUUCGGAGCUCGAUGAUCGAAUUGAACGAGAACGCAAACGUUCGCCACAGGCUACCAUUCCCCACGAUGUUUUGGUGGAACGCCCGAAAGCUGGCGGCCAGUUGUUUGAUCCAGCUCAUCCCAAAAAGUUCGUUCGCGCAUCGUCGCAAGCAAAGCAGCAGGAGAUUCCACCGUCGCUGGCUUUGAAAGGACAUCCUCAGCAGACGGUCGCUCGGGCGAACUCACCAAAGACCAUUGCGAAAGCCCCUACUCAUUCUUCGCCAAAAUCGAGAGCUAAACAGCCGCGCCAAGAAAAUGGACAGUCUCGACAGCCUCAGCCAGUGCCGCAGUUCAGUAUUCUCCAGCGUCCGGGUUCGUCGCGCUCGUCAGCGCCUCUCAGUCCUCUGCGGCACGAAGCACCUGCGCCUGGCUUUCAACCGCAGGUGCUGAAGCGCGAACCAGACCAAGACAAUCAUUCUACCACGACACCACAACAACCCAACUCAGCGGGAGCUCAACAGAUUGGCGGUGCCAAGAAGGACCAAUUACUGGCGCUCUUUGGCAAAUCGCCAGCAAGUAGUACCUCUGCUGCCCCAGCGCAAGGACCGACCCCAGCUCAGCUUCUACCAGCUGCACAUUUGCACUCCCAGCCUGCAGGUCACCUGAGUAAUGGGCCGGCCGACUUGUUUCACGGCAAUCACGCUGAGAUAACCAUAAAGACUCCAGAGCCCCCACCAUCACCACAGCUUCUGCCGGAGCCCCGGAAAGCGCAACAGCCACAGCACUCUCAACAGCAUCUCUUGAAUCUAUUUACAAGACCCACCACAAGCGGCAGCGGGAGGCUGAACAGCCCAGGUACCCCAAUAUCUCCUUUCUCACUUAGCACACCUGCGGCCAACUUGUCCAUGGAGAAACUGCCUGCUGCUGCAUACGAUUCAAAUACCACGACACCACGCGACCCUGGGUCGAGGAGCAGGUUGGGAAGUGUGGUCAGCGGACCGACGAGCGGCGCACAAACACCGACUGAGGCCAAAGAUCUCUUGCUGGGAUAUCUGAAUGGUGUUGUGCAGAAAGAAGGAUAUAAAGGUGCAAGGAAGCCAAUGUAAUGUGGAUAUAGCUCAAGCAGGUAGCACAUAUACACUUUAAAGGUGAAGACACCGCAGAGCGGUGAAAUCGAACGCUGCACCUGGUUUGUGUG